AAUAAAAGCAACGGCCGAGAUUCUCUCCAUGCUUUCUGGCUCCCUCUAUUAUCUUCCCCCACUCUCACUCCUCCCACCACCACCAUCACCACCCUUCUCUCUCUCUAAAGCCCAUCCUCUUUCUCUCUAGCUACAACCAUGUUGUUGGGUAAGAGACAAAGGCCUCCGAUGAAGAGAACCACCAGCAUGACGGAAUUCUCCUUAGAUCUCAACCACACCACCACCAUCGACGGCGGCCGUGGCAAUUCUCAGUCACCACAUGAUCACCACAGCAGCCCCUUCAACACCAUCAAUCCACCGAGAUCAACCGAUGGUACGGUUGAUCCACGUUUCUUCUCACCCACCGUUACUUCCAAGAUUCACCGGCGUAAUUCCGCCGACUACACCCAAACAUCUCAUUUCUUGAGAGCUUGUCACCUCUGCAAUCGCCAGCUCAUCGCCGGCCGUGAUAUCUUCAUGUACAGAGGUGACAGUGCAUUUUGCAGUUUAGAGUGUAGACAACAACAAAUGAAUUUAGACGAGAAGAAAGACAAGUGCUCGAUGUCAACGAAGACUUCUGUUGCUACCACUUCAUCUGGUGCUUCCGAGACUGUUGCUGCUAUGUAAACUUAUAGUUUUAUUUUUUAUAAUUUCAUUUGGUUGUGAUCAUCGUUUGCAAUAUGAAUAUUUGAUGAUGAGAAUCAGCAAUCUCUCUAUAAAUUUUGUAUAGCAAGCAUGCAAAUAGUAUCUCAUCUUAUUACAUAUAUUGUAUUAAGCUAAAAUGCAUUUAUGUUUAAUAGUUGUGAAGAACUUAUGAACA